AUACAAAACUUCGUCAAUUCCAAAACAUUUAUUUUACCUCCCUAAAAAAUUUGUCAACCGUCCGAGUACGAUUGAGAAGGAGACAAUCCGAUGCCCACAACACCGAAACACGGAACGAAGGAAGACGAAACUAAACGCAUUACAAUUCACUUUUUCAAAAAAAUGCKACCAUGAAGAUCUCGCUUUCUGCAAUAGGCAUCUUUCUAUCGACAGUGCAAGCGGCGCAAGUUUCCGCCGAUACGCACUCUUCUAUCAGAGGAAACAGUCGGAGGAGCGACAACAGAAACGGCAGGCGCCAUCUCUUGAACCCAGGUUUCGAAUGUACACUCUACGUAAAGACGAUAGAGUUCGAAGAUGGCCACAACGAAGAAACGCUGAGUUGUGAAUUAGCACCCCAAACCAUGGUUGCUAUGGCAGCUCACGAUGAUCAAGGCAACCCCAUCAGCUUUCCUACGGGUGUCUCCGAGAUCAUUGACAUAGAAGGCGUCGAAAAAGAAAGAAUGGAACAAAUCGGAGCCAUCUCGGGAGCUACCGUGAUGAGACUCAGUGAAGGGUACAUAGAAGAGGGAGGCCACCCGGUACUGGUGGUCCCUUCCGAAGCGACGGUCGAUAUCGAAAAGAUAUCGGACAGCGAUGAACGACACUUCAGAAACCGCCACCGGAGCAGGCAGCGACACAGACAGCUCGCGAAAACAACCGGGAACCUCAAGACACUAGUAUUGCGUGUAGUAGAUGGGAGUGGCACUGCGCCGGAAUUGAGCACCGCAAAGCUGAGAGAUGACUUAUUCACCGACUCACUGAGUCUAAAAACUCAAUACAAAGCAUGCUCCAACGGAAGAAUCGAUAUAAUAGAAAGAGGGAUUGUUGAUGUAAAAGUAAAAGAAAUCGCACAGGUCACAAAAGUCAUGUACAACGGCAGGCCUCUCGAACUUGGCAACAACUCUGAACUGGAGAAACAGGCACGAAAAAUAGCUUCCAAUCGUUACGCUGGCGGAGGUGAUCUUAGUGCCAAAUUCGAUUUGGUAAUCUACUGUUUGCCACCUGGGACGGGACGAUGGAUUGCAUACGCAUACAUCAAUGGACGGGAUUCGGUGUUCAACAACAAAUGGUGCGGCAUGGUAUCAACUCAAAUGCACGAGGUUGGACACAAUCUAGGCUUGGGACACUCGGGAGAUGAUCAGGAUCAAUACGGUGAUCAAUCGGCUAUGAUGGGCUACAGUUAUUUUGAAGAUGAUGGUCCCAAAAUGUGCUUCAAUGCCGCCAAGAAUUUCCAGCUAGGCUGGUACAAGAAUCAAGAAAUGAGCUACAACCCAUUGGAAAAUCCAGGCUCCGUAAAAUUUGUUUUGACCGGAGUUGACAACGCAGUGCGUGGAAAUUCUAAUAAACUCGUCACGCUUCGACUGGAGGAAGACGGUAUCUCGGAUUACUACAUCGGAUACAAUCGUGCAUCUGGAAUAAAUAGUGGCACUUCCGAGGCCAAGAAUCGAGUCUCCAUCUUCAAAAAAGGGAAAGGAGGAGCUCUUGGGUAUGGAAAAUCCAUCCGCGUUGCUGCUUUAUCGUCGGACGAAUUUUAUACAGUAAAGCAGUGGAACGGAACCAAUUACGAUGUUAGGAUUUGGGUUGCGGGGAAGGUCGGUGGAAACAUCAAGGAUGCGAACAUAGAAAUUUCUGUGCUUGGUUUGCCACCACCGACAGAAGCCCCGAUUUCGAUGACCCAACAACCAGACUCACCUUGUGCCGAAGAAAACCGGUUUCGUCUCGAACUAGGAAUCGACUCGUUUGGAUUAGAAACGUCUUGGGAAUUAGUAGAAAGCAUUUCCAAGACACUUAUUGGGUCGGCGACGAAAGAUAAGUACCAAGCUGGUCAACGCUACAUCGAACCUUUUGACACCGAUGGGUCGGACUAUUACUGUUUAGAAGAAUCUACAUGCUACGACUUCAUAAUUUUUGACGACUACGGCGAUGGCGUUUGUUGCACGAACGGAAGGGAUGGAUUUUUCAGAGGGAUUCUAGAUGGAAAUGUAAUCUUCGAAGGAGGAGAAUUCGAUACCAGCGACAGGCAUACAUUCUGUACUUCGGGUGACUCCGCAACGGGUUCUCCGACUCUGGCUCGUACGAAAUUGCCGACUUUGGCUCGCACGAAAUCGCCGACUCCGGCUCCCACGAGAUCACCUACUUCGUCUCCCACGAAAUCACCGACCUCAUCUCCUACAAAACACCAAACUUCUGAUCCUACGAAAUCACCCACUUCGGCUCCUAAGAAAAAACCAACCUCUGCUCCUACAAAAUCACCCUCUUUGGCUCCUGUGAAACAGCCAGUGGAAAUCAAUGAGAUGAAUAAUAAAGAAUGCAAGGAUACUUCACAACCAUUCCGUGUGAAGCGCAAAAAGAGGGUUUGCAGGUGGCUUCGAAGGAAUAAAAACCUGAUUAAGAGGAACUGUAAGAGGAAAUCUGAUCGUGGCGACAAAUUAUCAGAUUUGUGCCCAAAGACUUGUGCAAAAGCUGGUGUUGAAACCUGCUGGUCAGUAAAUAUUAGAGACAAGAACCAGCAGAACAAGUCGGGAAACAGAAACUCGAAUGUUAAACGAGUAAGGCGAAAGAAAUUGCGAAAGGAAGUAUUUGGGUCAUAGAGCAAGAGUAUAACUGUAUUAUUAGAAUCUAGAAUAAAUGUGUAUCAUACUG